CGCGAGAGUGCUGCGAUCGCUCAGCAGCAGUCGCUUUUGCAGCAGGGCUGAGGGAGACGGAUCGAGAAGGAAAGCGGGGAGGCUGCAUCAUGGCGGAUAGAGACAGUGGAAGUGAGCACGGUGGAUUCGCCACAGGCCCCGGCGCCAGCCCAAUGCACCCGGGCGCGACGGGCGCAGCAUCUCGGCUGCAGCACGACACGGAGGAGCUCGCGUCGAAGCGGGUUGACAUUCAGAACAAACGCUUCUAUCUGGACGUAAAGCAGAACGCCAAAGGCCGCUUUCUGAAGAUAGCAGAGGUCGGGGCCGGGGGAAAUAAGAGCCGCCUGACUCUCUCCAUGUCGGUAGCCGUGGAGUUCCGCGACUACUUGGGAGACUUCAUCGAGCACUACGCCCAGCUGGGUCCCAGCAACCCCGAUAUUGUGCAGGACGAGCCCAGGAGGGCGCUUAAGAGCGAGUUUCUGGUGCGAGAGAAUCGAAAGUACUACAUGGAUCUGAAGGAGAACCAGAGGGGACGGUUUCUGAGAAUCAGACAGACCGUAAAUCGGGGGCCCGGAUUGGGAGCAUCGCAAGGCCAGACCAUCGCUCUUCCAGCUCAGGGACUCAUCGAGUUCCGCGACGCUUUGGCAAAACUCAUCGACGACUUCGGCGUGGACGAGGACCCCGCGGAGCUGCCAGAGGGCACCUCGUUGACUGUGGAUAACAAGCGCUUCUUUUUUGACGUGGGCUCCAACAAGUACGGAGUGUUCAUGCGGGUGAGCGAGGUGAAGCCCACCUACCGCAACUCCAUUACGGUGCCCUGCAAAGUGUGGUCCAAAUUCGGAGCGACGUUCUGCAAAUACGCGGACGAGAUGAAAAAGAUCCAGGAGAGGAGCAGGGAGAGGAGGGCGCGCGAGAUGCAACCGGAGGGCCUGCAAGGGGACGACGCGGACGAGGAUUAAUGGAUAUACACAUAUAUAUAUACACAUGUAUACAUAUACACACGAUGUAUAUACGCGGAGAAUAGGACAUUAAAAAAGAUAUAUAACGAACGACAUGAUAAUCAAACGUUACUGUAAUGCGAGAUGUGAGAUAGAAUUUCAAGGGAUCGAUCAACAACAACACAACCCUCACAGACUUUAACAGUUGCAUCUCUUCACCCAUCGCCGGAUGUUACCCACUUACUCACCAUUUAACAGUAAGACGCUGCUAUCGACAACAUGAUCUAUUUGAACCUGUCCUGGAUGGUGCGAGUGUCAUAGAGGCGGGAGUGUGUAUUUCCCUCUUUACCCAUGUGUUUGACACAUCCAAGCUGUUUUAACACUAUUUCCAAAGGUGCAUAUUAAUGAGAAAUAUGCUAAAUUAAUAAUUAGAGCUCAUGUUUGACUUCCAGCACAAAAGCUAUUAUUUAGGAAACAAAGGUUCAAAACGCAAACGAACAUCAGAAGUAAUGGUACAGCCAUGAGUGAGUGCAGACAACACGCACCGAGUCAGAAUAUUCGAUAUUUAAAAAACGGAUGUCACCCCUUCUUCUUGUUCGACUUAAAUGCAUAUGAGGAUAUGUAGAUAUGUUUACUCGUUUGCCUGUUAACUAUAGACAUAAAGCAAAUGAGUUCGUUUGUUUGCACGCAAUGUCAUGCAAUGUGUGCUUCGGUAGCCGCGCAGUGAACCCGGGGCGCAUUGCUCAAACGACCGGUUGACGUUUAUUCCUGUCCAAAACAAAACCUGUUGCACCAUGCCCACUGACAUUCGGGCAAACAGUUACAUUGAAGUGCUAACUUAGAUAUACGAACUAUGAUUUUGUGAAUCAGAUGUACUUAGAUCCUUUUAAAAUUACCCACGUUUUCUGUGGGAAUUUUUCUUUUUGGGGGUGGGGGGGGUAGGUUGGAGGGGGGUGCUUGUAUAUAAAAAAGAAGCUGUCCACUAGUGUGAGCGCGGAUGCAUGUGAAGUUGCGCGGAGCAUCCUCUACAACGUCAAAAAACAACUCUGGUGCCUUAUAAUCUCUCCACACGUUUACAUGCUUUACGUGUACGAUGUUUUUUCCCGAUCGCUGUUUGUCUUUCUUUGUUGUUAGGGGUCACAACUGCGUUGUUGCUGUACCACUCGUGGUGCUUCUUAAAUGACUUCUUCAACAAGCCAAUCAAAGAAAGAGGCGCGCGGGGCUCUCUGUCCCACACGUCGCCGAGAAGAGAACGGUGACUUUUGUGUCAUCGUCAAACAGCGCUGACGUAAACAUGGAUGUAUGCUGGCAUUGACGUGGUGUCCAAAUUAUUAUUAUUAUUAUUAUUAAACGACGACUUCCGACAUUCAACCCUAAAUUCAUAAAUUAUUCGUUUCAAGUGCAACGCUCAAUACGAUUGAUGACAGAUUUCGAAAGGUACUUUCUUUUAAUUAUCGUAAUUUCGACACGAGGUCAGCGCAGCACUAGUCACCUAAAGGCGGUGGGGGUGUGCUCGUGCUCCGUGUAAAAAUAACGAUAUAGCUUCUUGUAAAAAAAAGAGCGAUACAGCCGAACGUUAUGCUAAUGUAGGCCUAUAUUAGUAGACUUACGGCCGAGGCAGUAGCCUGUAUGAUUUUUGUAUGGUGCUAAUAUCCCGUUCGUAAGAUUUAUUUCUGCCGGUCUUACGUAUCAGUUGCUGCGUUCGUUUUAAACCUCGUCACAUCGCACCUUGAGAUUUUACUUUCCUCACUAAAGUUACAGUGCUAACGUUGCAGUAGCCUAUCGUGUGCAAUAUAUUGCAGGCCGCGUGCCAAUUCUGUGUGCGUGUGGAUACUUGUCCACUGUAACGACAAAAAAAAUCGACGCAUGAAGCUGACUUAACUUGUGUAUGAGAUUCAAAACCAGACGACUAACCUUUUUCUAGGAAGCUGCCCAAGAUAACACUUCAUUCUUCUUCUAACCGCCGGUCACUAAAAACGGGGAGACGGAGCUCGCGCACCAAUCAGGCGCGUUCCUUCGUUGUGACGUAAAACGUUCGUUUUGAGCUCGGUUUUUGGAGUAGCUGUCUGUUUUUAGCCGAUGUUUUUAAUGCACAGCGCUUCGGUCAGAAAUAUUUAUUUGCUAUGUGAACAAUGUUGUUGGAAGAAAUCGUAAUCUCCUCAAACCCUCCUGACGUAAACCAGCUUACUAGUGUUGCAAAGACAUUUAGUGAAAAGACUGUUGCUGUUAUUAAGACCCAACACCAUCACCAUUUUUCACCAGUUUCUGCUUGGAUCAAAUUUGGUUCAAAUGAGGCCAAAAGUCACCAGCCUAUAGACAGUUUGGGGGGUUUUGUCACCGACCCUCCGGCUACAGGCCUGUUUCAUGUUAAGCACAUGAGGACAUUUUGAGAAAGGCUGUCAUUACUUCUGCACAAGAUUAAAAACAUACAUAGGCACUUUGUCUAGCUUUCAUUAUAUGCAUAUGGUCACAUCUUUUCAACUGUGUGCUUCUCUUGUAGGGGCUAUUUUUAAAUAUAUUUGUGCAUAAUCCUUUUUUUCCCUCUUAAGACCGGUGAAGCAAAUCUUUUCUUAUCACUGCCCUGAUCUUACAAAACUGUCCAAUGUGUGCCACAGUAUGCGAUGACUAUUAAAUAUUAAGCAUGAACCGAAAUCUAAACUGGAAAUAAUGUCGAAGCCUUCUUUUUUGAUCUUGAAAAGGGCAUUUCAAAUCUGAAAUAAAACCCUUAAAUAAAGAAAUAUUGUUUUGCGCCGAGAUAAAUCCCUCAAUCAAAUACGCACACGUCUGUUUUCAAAUCGAAUUCUUAAGGUGCUAUUGGGUACUAAUGACCAGGUGGCAGUGUUCAGCCAAGACUUUUUUGAAAUGUUUCUCUUGUCGCGUUGGAGCUCUCCACCGGCAAAGUUACGCCUUUGCUUUCAGACCACAGACCAGUAUAGGUUUGAUGCACAACAGGCUGUCGGGGGAUAAAAGUCUGAGUAAGAUGGCAGAUGCUACUCUGACUGAGAGACCAUUUCAGUCUGUUUUCCCAUUAGAGGUGUUGAUUCCAAUGUCACCUGUCCUUAAUGAGCAGAAAUUGUAUUUCUGAACAAAUCUGCAGUUUGCAGAAUUUUUUUAGCAGAAACAACCCAGUACUAACACAAAAAACAAAACAAAUAACAACUUACAGUUUUAACUUAUCUCCAUUUGAUCUCCUACAUACAUGAAGCUGUGCAUUUGUCUGAUUAUUCUAUAAUUUCCCCCUCCCUGAUUACUCAUGGUCAGUGACAAAGUUCUCAUACAUCACGAUCCUUCGGUCUCACAAGCUCAAGGCUUUGACCAGCUUAGCAUGUAAUUGUGAGCAUAUGCUGACGCAUUAAGCAGACUGUCCAGGAGACGUUUGGAAAGGGGGUUCUGCAUCAAGGGUCAAUGCACAAGGAGGGUAUUUACAUAUCCCACCAUCUCCUUUUUAUUCCCUAUCAAAUGUGUUGUACUUAAAAAUAUAUAUAUGACCUGUGAUGUGUGUGUAUAUAUGGUUUGUUACAUAUGACGCUCCUCUUUAUUAAAAAAAGA